UUGGACCUGUCAGCUAAAAGAUACAGAUACUUUGCGUUUAGUCUUGGUCGGUCUGCGCGUGGUCUCUGUUGACAAACAUUGGUGUGGCUCCCCAGUAGCGAGUUUAUAGUUCAAAGCUAUUGCGCCGAAACAUACGAAAAUAUUACGAGUAACUAAAUAAAUAAAUAAAUACUUGAUGGAUAUUUAUGGAAGCGCAGACAGUUCGCACAUACUGCUAGUGAGAAAUAAGUGCUUGAAAAAUAUGUUCUGCAGAAUGCCUUGCAAAGUGCGGCCAAGCCUAGAAUUGGCUGGAGCUUGUUAUUAACCCGAAAGAUACAAAACAUAACAGUCUGUAAACAAGUUAAAGUGAGUGAGUGAGUGAGUGUGUCGCAAGCCUACAACAAAUUCCAACAAUAAAGCAACCUACAAGAUGCAGUUUUGGAUAACUCUGACAUUUGCCGUGCUCUUGGCCACCACCAUCUGCCACGUAAUGGCCGCAGUUGCUGCUCCAGCUCCGGCCGCCCAGGUGGCAGCGCCAGCUGUGCAAAAGUUUCACCUGACGCCCCACGAUCUGCAGAUACUGGAGGGCACCGACACCCUCCUGCGCUGCGAGGUGUCCAACCGAGCGGGAAAAGUCCAGUGGACCAAGGAUGGCUUUGCGCUGGGAUUCUCGGCGGUGAUUCCCGGAUUCCCACGCUACUCGGUGCUGGUGGACGCCAAGCAGAAUGCCUACAACCUGCAGAUCAAGAACGCCACGCUGGAGGACGACGCCGAGUACCAGUGCCAGGUGGGACCGGCUGCUGGGAAUCCGGCCAUUCGUGCCAAUGCCAAGUUGAGCAUAGUGGCGGCUCCGAGUAGCAUUGUCAUCGAGGGCUAUGCCCGGAACGCUCGCGUGGAGGUGGAGGAGCGCCAGAAUCUUACGCUGCACUGCAUCGCCGAGAACGCGAAUCCGGCGGCGGAGAUUGUUUGGUUCCAGGGCGAGGUUCCAGUUUCGACAGCGCCCAUUGUGACGGUGAAUCAAACCGCCCCAAAGCGCUUCACAACCAGCUCCACCCUGCAACUGCAGCCGCGCGCCGAAGACGACUACAAGGAGUUCUCCUGCGAGGCGCGCCACAAGGCUCUGCCCCCCGAUGUACCGAUGCGCGCCCAGGUGCAGCUCUCCGUGCUCUAUCCGCCCGGCGCUCCGUUCUUCGAGGGCUACAGCCAGGGUGAGCCACUGCAUCGCGGCCAGGAAGUGCAAGUAGCCUGCCGCAGCCGCGGCGGCAAUCCCCCGGCCCAACUGACUUGGUACCGGAAUGGCGUGGCCAUCAGUUCGCCACAGCGCACCUCGGGCCGCCUGUCGGAGAACGUCUACAAGUUCACCGCCGCCGCCGAGGACAAUGGCGCUAAUCUGGUCUGCGAGGCCACAAAUCUGCUGGCGACAACUCCCCUGCGCGCCGAACUCAAUCUGACUGUUUUGUAUGCGCCCAAGGAUGUGUAUCUGAGCGGCGCCAACCAGGCCAAGGUCGGCGAUUCCGUGCAACUGAGCUGCGUGACAGCGCCCUCGAAUCCCCAGGCCCGGAUCAGCUGGUCCAUAAACGGCAGACCGCUGGACAAUAGCACCUACAAGACCACCAGCAGCACCGACGGCGGCUGGGUGAGCAGUUCCAACAUCAGCCUGACCAUCGACACCCAGAGCAGGACCUUCAUUGCCGUUUGCCACGCCCUCAACACGGAACUCACGCAGAAUGUGGUGGGAUCACACACCGUGAAUGUGCUUUACCCCCCUUCGCCACCCCUGCUGACGGGCUAUAACGAUGGUGACAUCCUUAUCUCCGGAUCAAUUUUGAAACUGCAGUGCAGCUCUGCUGGCGGCAAUCCGCCACCGACUUUGCAGUGGUACAAGAACGACAAGAUCAUUAAUGCUCCCUCCAAGCUGGUGGACAGUAAGAUCACCUCCGAGCUCUCGCUUCUGGUGAACGCCUCUGACAACAAUGCCAUCUACAAGUGCAAGGUGCAGAAUGCAGCUAUUGACAUACCGCUCUUCGCCACCAAAACGCUGGGAGUUCAUUUUCCGCCCGAAACGGUCAAGAUCAGCGUGGUGCCCAAGAAUCUGGUGCCGGGCAUUCGGGCCAAGCUGAUCUGCGACUCCAGCUCCAGCAAUCCGCCGGCGAAGAUCAGCUGGUGGAAGGAUGGCAUUCCCGUCGAGGGUCUUAGCUUGGCCAACAGGCCCGGCCUCUGGGGCGGCUCGGUGUCCACGCUGGAGAUGUACGUUAACAUAACCCAGGACCUGGAUGGCAUUGUCUAUACCUGCCAGAGUCACAACGAGGUGCUGCAGCGCAGUGUCCACGAAACCAUCAGCCUGGAUAUACUUUAUCCACCCAAGUUCGAGACGCCGCAGAGCACCACCUUCGUGGGCGUGGAGGGAGCGCCGUUCCAUGUGGAGCUGCUGGCCAGCGGAAACCCCAUGGUCAUUAGCUAUACCUGGACCAAGGACGGCCUGCCCAUUAGCAGCAACAGUCUGAGCGGCCAGCGCUUGAUCUCCGACGGACCUCGUCUCAAUAUCAGUCGCCUCAGUCGCAAUGAUGCGGGUGUCUACAUCUGCGAGGCGCUCAAUAGCCAGGGCACCGCGCUGCUGGAGAUCCAGGUGGCCGUGGAAUAUGCCCCCACAAUUACGGCGGUCAGCGAGGGUCGCAGCUUUGUGGCCGGCGAACCGGCGGUCUUGGCCUGCCACAUCCAGGCCCGCCCGCUAGAGGCCGCUCACGUGCGCUGGUCCCGCGACGGCUACGAUCUGGCCACGCGCACCAUUUCCAGUUUCGAAAAUGGCACCGCCCUGCUGCAGAUCGCCAGUGUGGAGCGCAGCGACAUUGGCAACUUCACCUGCAUUGUGGACAACCAAAGAGGAGCUCCCGCCGCGCAAAACGUGCUUCUGGUGGUGCAAACCGCUCCUGAAAUUGACCACUCACCCGCCUUCACCCGCUACGCCGCCCGCUUGGGAGUGCGUGCCCAGCUGAUCUGCAGAUCCCUGGCCUCGCCGCAGCCCAGCUUCAUCUGGCGGCGCCAUGGCAAGGAUCUCAAGAUGCAGCGGCGCAACAAGUUCAAGAGUGCGGAACGCCAGGUGGACGCCCUGAACUUUGAGUCAGCGCUGCUGAUCGAGAACACUUCGCCGGAUGACUAUGGCCAGUACGAGUGCGUGGUGCGAAAUGCUCUGGGACAGGCGAGUACCACCCUGGAGUUCAGUAAGCCCUCCCGCCCGGAUGCGCCACAGCAGCUGAGGGUGGGCAACGUCAGUGAUACGGGCGUGGAUCUGAAUUGGACGCCCGGCUUCGAUGGCGGCAUGCAGACCUAUUUCCGGCUGCGCCUCAAACAGCACGGCGAGGAUAAGUACAAAUACGUGGACGCCAAACCCGGACACCAGAAUAUAUCCCUUGAUGGCCUGAAGCCGGGAGCCACGUACUACUUCUCCGUGAUGGCGGCCAAUGAAGCGGGCGGCAGUAAGUUCAUGCCCGACAUCAAGUUGACCCUCAGCAAGGGCUCCCAGCCGCAUUCGGCGGAGUACACCGAAAAAGACGAGCUGCCCAAUGUGAUGAUCAUUGGAAUCACGUCCGCAGCCAUGGUGCUCUUGGUUCUGAAUGCUGCACUGGUGGCCUGGUUCGUCAUCCGACGGCAGAACAAGUCCCAGAGCGAAGCGGAGCCCAGCAACGAUGAUGUGUACUCCAAGGACGACAGUCAGUCGGUUUACAAGCUGCCCAUCACUGCUUUGCAGGCGGAUGUCCAGAAGAAGGCAGCCGCCUCCACGUAUCUCGUGGAGAACGUGGACAUCAUCCAGUCGACGGCGUAUCCGCCCAAAUACCAGGAGAGCUCCAUGUGCACCCCGCCGUAUCCGCUCUGCAAUCCGGACUUCACCCGCACCCUGCCGAAUCCCAAGCGGCACAGUCAGCGGAACAGUGCCACGGGCAUGAUCGAGGGCAUGCAGAUGCGCUCCAAGGACGAUCACAUGCUGAUCUCCAACGGACUGUACAUACCAUCACCGUCGCCCGCCUCCUCGCUGGUGAUCAAGGGUAGCUACAUAUCCUCGCCCUCGCCAGCGCCGCCAGCAGAUGGAUCCUACUUCAACAUGAGCGACAAAUACAUGUCCUAUCCGCCGGUGACUUACUAAGCCGAGCUGAGCGUCAAUGACAGCUAGAAGUACCCAACCCAGCCAAAUCCAGCUAGACUGAUUGACAUACAUCAUUCAUAAUCACCAUCGGAAACGAGAAACAAGAAACAAGAAACACGAAACACGAAACACACACAGAACUUGACUGUCAUUUCGUUAGGAUUGGUGUCGUUGGUUGGUGGCCGUUGCUGUUGGUUUUAUUGAAUGUUUUACUUUUAUUUUAUGCUUGUAAUUAUUACUAUAUGACGUUGAUUAUUACGGAGCGCAAAUGGAGAAACCAUGUUGAGUGUGUUUUCAGAAAAGACAUUUGCAUGCGGCGCUCGAAGGCUGUGAUAAGUACCUGUGCCCAAAGCUCCGCAGACGCUGGCUGAUGGAAGCACGCAGGCCAAACGUUUGCCACAAGACCAAUCCAAUCGAGGGGGGGCAGAGGGGCCCGGAAUAUUGGAUAUUGGUCUGGCCACGGGGCAGGUGCGCAACCCGUUCUACAGAAAUGCCUGCCCUCCACCCACUUUUAGUCGACCACAACCUGAACCCGAACAUCGGCAGAAGCAGCAGCAUUUUGGUGGACACCACAAAAAAAAGAAAGAGAAAAACAAAAACAAAAGCGAAAUAUUAACAAACAAAAACAAAAGAAUAUGAACGAACAACAGAACACUCUCAAAUAUUAAUUCGUAGUAAGGUCAUCGAUAUUAAGUAGUAGGAAUUACGCAUUUUAGCAUUUAGCAUUUAGCAUAAAUAUAUGGCGAGUCAGUCGAGGCGUGGCUCAUUCUCAUUAGCAGUUGUUCAUGUUUAAGCUAUAGGACAUACCAAUAUUUAUCAACAUACGUACUAAAAGCAUAAACAUAAAUGAAUAUACAUAAAUGUACACACAACAGGCCGAAAAGCGUAAGCGUUUGAACGGACCGAUUCGAAAUCACCAAAACGAAAUAGCGACUUCAAUUAUAUAUAUAAAAAUAUUUUUAAGUGUGACUUUUGCUAGAGCUAGGGAUCGAGACGUAAAGUAUAUUCAAGAUACAUAUUUACAGCAUUCAGCGACGUUCUUUUUAUCAUGCAUGACAAUAAUUAUAUACAUGGUAAAGAAGUUGAUGCAAGCACGCGAGAGCGCCAAAAAUUAUGCUAUAGAAAUCUAUAAAUACAAAUUCCGUAAAGUGUUAAUUAUAAAUUAGACUCCGAGCGCACUUGCAUUUGCAGUUGCAUUUGGAUUUGGAUAGAGUAUGUGUGUAAAAAGAAGUUCAUUGAAUAAAGUAAUUAUUUAUAUGUAAUACCUAAAACAAUUAAUGCAAGAAGCGCUAAAAAUACAGAAAAAAAGACAAAUUUUUGUAUCUUCGAAC